CGUUUGUCAGAAGACAUAAGUUUCAUUUUUACUGAGGCCAUAAAUGUUUAUCUUCAGUUUUCUCUGUAGAUUCAGUGAUUUCUGCGCAAUGACGCAUUGUCAUAUUUGUCAUUGUCAAGUGUCUCAAAAUCUCUCUGUUCUUGUACGUUUUCGAGACUGAAAAUGGCUCCUCGUAAGGGAAAAGUACAAAAAGAAGAAGUCCAAGUCUCCCUUGGACCUCAAGUUAGAGAAGGAGAAGUUGUGUUCGGCGUAGCUCACAUCUUCGCAAGUUUCAAUGAUACAUUUGUUCAUGUUACCGACCUUUCUGGAAGGGAAACAAUCUCCAGGGUAACUGGGGGUAUGAAAGUAAAAGCUGAUCGUGAUGAGGCAUCCCCUUACGCUGCUAUGUUGGCAGCUCAAGAUGUUGCUGAAAAAUGUAAAACAUUAGGAAUAACUGCCCUUCACAUCAAAUUGAGGGCUACAGGAGGUAAUCGUACCAAAACUCCAGGACCAGGAGCACAAAGUGCUCUUAGGGCUCUUGCUAGAUCUAACAUGAAAAUUGGAAGAAUUGAAGAUGUUACUCCAAUUCCAUCUGACUCAACUCGUAGGAAGGGUGGUCGCCGUGGUAGAAGAUUGUAAAUCUUUUUUUUUUUGGUUAAGUAAUAAAGUAUGUUUUAACUAAGCCA